UGACAGGAUCCCGGAGAACCAACCAGCGUCGCCGCGGUCACCUGUAAUGAAGUCUCAGAUCUCAGAACUCAGAGUCGCCCCGAUCUAAGAUGGGGGCGAUGGUUCCGCUCACGCUGCUCCUGCUGCUGGCGGCCGCCCCGGCCCCGAUCCAGACCCGCGGGGGCUCGCACUCCAUGCUGUAUUUCCACACCGCCGUGUCCCGGCCCGGACUCGGGGAGCCCCGGUUUAUUAUCGUCGGCUACAUGGACGACACGGAGUUCGUGCGCUAUGACAGCGACGCGGAGACUCCAAGGAUGGAGCCGCGGGCGCCGUGGAUGGAGCAGGAGGGGCCGGAGUAUUGGAAGAGGGAGACAGGGAAAGUCAAAGGUCAUGAGCAGAAUUUCCGAGUGAACCUGAGGACUCUGCUAGGCUACUACAACCAGAGCGAGGGCGGCUCUCACACCAUCCAGUGGAUGUCCGGCUGUGUCACGGGGUCCGACGGGCGCCUCCUCCGCGGGUAUGAACAGUACGCCUACGAUGGCCGCGAUUACCUCGUCCUGAACGACGACUUGACAACGUGGUUGGCGUCGGACACGGCGGCGCAGAUCACCCGGAGGAAGUGGGAGCAGGCCGGUGCUGCAGACGGACAGAAGGCCUACCUGGAGGGCGCAUGCUUGCGUUGGCUGCGCAGAUACCUGGAGAACGGAAAGGACACGCUGCUGCGCACAGAUCCCCCAAAGGCACAUGUGACCCAUCAUCCUGGACCUAAAGGUGAUGUCACCCUGAGGUGCUGGGCCCUGAGCUUCUACCCAGCCUUCAUCACUCUAACCUGGCAGAAGGAGGAGGAAGAACAGACUCAGGACAUGGAGUUGGUGGAGACCAGACCUUCUGGAGAUGGAACCUUCCAGAAGUGGGCAUCUCUGAUGGUGCCUUCUGGGGAGGAGCACAAAUACACAUGCCAUGUGCACCAUGGGGGGCUGCCUGAGCCCCUCACCCUGAGAUGGGAGCCUCGUCAGUCAAUGGUUCUCAUCAUGGCAGUCAUUGCUGGACUGGUUCUCCUUGGAGCUAUGGUCAUUGAAGCUGUGGUGGCUGUUGUGAGGAAAAGGAGAAACACAGGUGGAAAAGGAGGGGAAUAUGCUCUGGCUCCAGGUAAGUGUGGGGGAACAGGAUUGACCCUGAGGCUCUUGAGGUGAAGCUGGAGGUGUUGGGAAGCUCUGGAAAUUCUUAUCUUCUCCAGUGAAAUAUUCUGGGGGCCUUGUUUGUACCUUGUUAUGAAUGUAUAUAUUCAUUUACUCUAGGCAUGGAUUGUGCCUACGUAGUAUCUGAUAUGUCUCUCCCAGAUUAUGAAGUGACAUUCUUAGACCUGACUUGGGGAGGGGCAAAGUGGAUAUGAUUGGGUUUCUAGGGACUCUCAAAUCACCUUUCAGUGAGUGGUGAGUUGUUGAGAUGUUGUCUUCACAGUGAUUGUUCAUGACUCUGUAGCGUGAAGACGGCUGCCUGCCCUGAUGCAGUGACAGAAGAUGUAUUCAGGCCCCUCCUCUGACAUCAAGAGCCUCUCAGCUCUCUUUAGGCAACAGUGCCUAAUGUUUCCAAUAAUUUUAUGGGCUAAAUGUAAAGAAGGGAGGAACCCACCUCACCCCUGCACACCAGGACUGGUGGCCCUGUCAGAGGAGCAGCAGGUGGCAAUUGAAGUUCAGGAUGUCUGCCCACCAGGAGCAAACUCCCUGAUGCUGAUUCUCUGGAUAAGCAAGGGGCCAGGACCACAGGCUCCAGAAUGUCUUUCCGGUUCUGCUGUGCCUUCGCAGGUUUGCAGCUGCCAUCUUUCUCUGGUGUGUGGCAUGGUGAGAAUGGGUGUGGGGAGAUCCCCACUGCCUGUAGUGUGGUGUGUUUAUCUCAUGGGAGCAUCCCGCUCUACGAGGCGGUGUUACCUGUGGACUAUCAUGAAGGUGAUUCCUUCCUAAGCUGUGCUGUCUGACUGAUAAUCAUGUUUGAUGAUAAAAUAUAAACAAGGAAGUGUCACAGCUGGAACACAGGAGCUUCUAUUGCUGAGCCAUAUAGACUGUGGCUUAGGUUAAUGAUUAAGAAACUACACUGAGUCCCAGUAGCCCAGCUAGUUUAGAAUUUAUCUUUAAUCUCCGUGUUGGGAGAUGUGUUCACAGGUGUCAGAGUACUUCACUGCUGAAA